AUGCCUUCCAUCAGCGCAGCCGCAGACUCAUCUGCGGAAUUUUGGAAGAGAAACACAGCAGGGAUGGAAAUCAGUCGCCUCUCCCAUCUCACCCGUUCGUACGAAGGACAAGCACAGUGGAGGAGCUAUCCCCUCAACCCCAGCAUCGAGCUGCAGAGACUGGGCGCGUUUUGCGAGGCACACCGGACAUCGCUCCUGGUAAUUCUCCAGGCCGCGUGGGCCACGGUUCUGGGUCGGUUCCUUGCGACAGACACUGCAACUUUCGCCAGCUGCCUGGAAAAUGGCGAUGAGGCGAAGCACGGCGUUUGUAGUGCGAGUUGGUCGCAGGGCGCUACUACGCUGCAUGAGCUAUUAGAACAGCUUCAGCAGUGGCACGAGACUUCAUUUACGCACCAGGAUAUACCGUUAGCGGAGCUGGAACAGCUCUUGCAUGUGGUUCCAGAUACUGGAUUAAGGGUGAAGCAUAUUAGCUCACCCAGUACGUCUCUGUCUCUAUCGGGGCCAAGGCACAAUCGCGCAAUUGAGGUGGUCGCACAAGUCAGCCCAAUCUCGGUGCGAAUUUCCCUCGAGUAUAAUGCUUCUGCUCUGUCGUCCGUCUAUGCGCAGAGCAUUGCAGGCUCAUUGGAGAGGAGUCUGCAGGCGGUUGUGAACCGUGGCUCGACCCCUGUCACCCAGAUCGACCUUUGCAGUAAGGAAGAUAGGGAAUCGAUUUUCGACUGGAAUGCAUAUGUGCCAGUUACUAUCAGUGACUGUGUGCACACGCGCAUUGAGCGCAAGGCACUCGAACAGCCUCAUGCGCUUGCAGUCGCAGGCUCUGGAGGCGAUAUGACCUACCAGCAACUCAACAUGCAGGCUGAUAAUCUGGCUGCAUACCUCCAGGAACUGGGAGUCGGCGCGGAUUCGUACGUUGCACUCUGCUUCGAGAAAUCCACGUUGCCGAUUGUGGCCAUGUUGGCGGUCUUCAAAGCUGGCGGUGCUUACGUCGCUCUCAAUCCGGCCCAUCCUGUUAAACGCCAAGCAGUCAUUCUCAGCAAAAUCAAUGCGCAGGUCAUAUUGACCGGGCCUGGCUACGCCGGAACUUUUCCCGGCCUAGUCAAACACUCCGUCGAGGUCACGCAAGACUUGCUAGACCAGCUUGCCGCUGAGCGUCGCGCAACACGCCUCGUCCGGGCUGCUCGCCCUGAAACCCCGGCUGUCGUUGUCUUCACUUCAGGAAGUACCGGGGAGCCCAAGGGAAUUGUAGUGGAGCAUCGCGCUUUGGUUUCAAGUAUGAUCGGUCACGGCACGAUCAUGCGCCUGGACAGCUCUACGAGGGCUCUUCAGUUUGCGACCUAUACUUUCGACCUCAGCGUCGGAGAAAUUUUUAACACUCUGAUGCACGGUGGGUGCGUCUGCGUGCCUUCCGAAGAAGAACGACUGGAUGACCUUGAGGGCUUCAUCCGCCGCCUGGAAGUAAACUGGGCCCUUCUAACCCCCACCGUUCUGAACAUGAUGACCCCAGCAAACGUCCCCUCAGUGAGAACCAUCUCCACCGGAGGUGAACCCAUGAAACAAGAUAUAAUUCAAGCCUGGGCGGAUCACGUCCAGUUGAACAACAUGUACGGUCCCGCUGAAACCACAAUUCUCUGCGCCGGUCGUGCCGCGUUGAGCCCUGCCACUCCUGCCUCUAAUAUCGGCCAUGCUCUUGGAGCACGACAAUGGAUCACGAAUCCAAUGAACCCCAAUCAACUAUGCCCGAUUGGAGCGGUCGGAGAAGUCCUAAUUGAAGGACCGGGUUUGGCGCGCGGCUACCUUCAUGAUGAAGAGAAAACCAAUGCUGCCUUUGUAGGGAACCCAGACUGGCUACCUAAAGCUAGCCCUGCCCGUCGCUUCUACCGUUCAGCUGAUCUGGGGUUUCUCAGUCCCGAUGGAACCUUCAACAUCGUCGGCCGGAAAGAUACACAGGUGAAGAUAAACGGUCAACGUAUCGAGCUGGAGGAAGUCGAAUUCAAUAUCAAGAGCCUUUUAAACGCUGGUUGGCAGGCCGUGGUGGCUGAAGUCAUUAAGCCCAAAGGGUAUAAUGAUCAGUCGAUAUUGGGCGCGUUCAUUCAGUUUGAAGACGACGAGAACGAUGAAACUGAGCUGCUAGGCUAUAUAUCUGAAGGGCGACGACAGCAGCUCCGCCAACUCAAGGAGGACCUCGGUCUACAUCUUCCGGCCUACAUGACCCCCUCAGUGUUUGUCCCCAUGGCGCAUAUGCCAACUACUGCCCAUGGCAAACUGGAUCGGCGACGACUCAAGGACUUGGCUGCAGGCUUUUCCACAGAGGACCUUGUCUCGUUCUCUCUCGCGGGAAGCACCAAUACGGCCAAGCGCGAGCCUGUCACAGAAACUGAAAAGGCUGUAGCAAGUCUCUGGUCCCAGGUGCUCAAGAUCCCAUACGAGAGUUUUGGGUUAAACGAUAACUUCUUCCGGCUGGGAGGGGAUUCGAUCUCAGCUAUGAAGCUUUCCGCCGCCGCGCGGUCUACAGGAAUGAGCCUGACCGUGGCGAAGAUCUUCGGCCAUCCUACACUUGAAGCCAUGUCUCAAAUCGCCGUAGAGCUGUCACAUACUGAGAUUGGGUCAAUUAAGCCAUUUUCACUCAUUGAUGUUGAGAAUGCCUUCGAAUUCAUCGACCAGCUCACUCUGAAAUGGGGCCUGGACCGGUCAAGCAUUGAGGAUGCGUAUCCUGCAACCGCCUUACAAGAAGGUCUUAUGGCAAUUACCCAGGGAGAGCCCGGUACUUACAUCUACCAGAACGUCUACGAGCUGCCAGCGGAUAUUGACCUGGCCAAGUUCUGUGCUGCCUGGGAGUCUGUCGUCAACACCACCGAGAUCUUGCGCACCACCCUGCUUCCUACCGACACUGCGAGCACAUAUCAGGUUGUGAUCAAGCCGUCUUCCAUCGACUGGAAAUAUCCAGCCAGCGUGGAAGAGUACUUGAAAUCAGAUGCGCAGCAGACAAUGCUAUAUGGAGAGCCACUGGCCAGGUACGCUCUCGUUCCAGGCACCCCGGGCGGCUCAUUAUCGACAUUUAUCUGGACUGCUCAUCAUGCCCUGUAUGAUGGAUGGUCUCUGCCGCUUCUGUGGAAACGAGUAGAGGAGGCGUACAAGGGCAGUGGACUCUCACAUCAACCACAUGUUGCCCCUUUCAACAGAUUUAUUGCCCAUCUUCGAGACAUGGAUGCUGAGGCCACAUAUGCCUUUUGGGAAUCCUAUCUGUCCUCGUCAAAUCCCCCCAAGUUCCCGCAAUUGCCCUAUCAGACAUACAAACCUCGUGUCAACAACAUUCAUCAGCACGAGUUCAGCCUCACGGCCACUAGUCAGUCAUCAGGAAUCACAACCUCCACUCUCAUUCGGGCCGCCUGGUCCCUCCUCAUGAGCCAAUAUACAGAUGCAGGCGACGACAUUAUCAUAGGCGUUACCGUGGCUGGAAGAAAUGUUGAUGUUCCUGGCAUCUCCGAGAUGGCUGCGCCGAUGAUUACCACGGUCCCGGUCCGCGUACAGAUCGACCGCGAUGAGACGGUGACUGAGCUUCUGACCAGGGUCCAGACACAAACUGUUGAAAUGAUGCCCUUCGAGCACGCGGGAUUGCAAAACAUAGCCAAGAUUAACCGCGAGUGUCGUCUUGCGUGUGGGUUCCAGAAUCUGCUUGUUGUUCAGCCCGAGGAGGACGAAAGUACCUCUGGCUCCUUGGGCAUCAAGAAGAUUCAGUCUCCCGAGGUGGGGAUCUACACCUAUGCGCUGGUCAUUCAGUGUUUGCUGCGGGGAGAUAAGGUGGGAGUGCAAGUUGACUUUGAUGACCAAGUUCUGUCCUCAUGGCAGGUGGAGCGUAUCUGCUGCCAGCUCGAACAUCUCAUGGGAGUGCUCCGAGCCAGUCCCAACGUCAAGAUCGGUGACCUGAGCUUGGUGAGUCAGAAAGACUAUACUCAAAUCAUGAACUGGAACCACAAGCUUCCUGUCGUGGAGGAGCGCUGCGUACAUGAGAUCAUCCGUGGUCAGGUUUUAGCAACGCCUGACGCACCGGCGAUCUGCUCCUGGGAUGGGGAUUUCACCUACGCGGAAGUGGACCGGCUGUCGAGUCGCUUUGCUCGACAUCUGGUGAGCAUGGGUGUAGGGCCAGAGACAUUGGUUCCGCACUGCUUCAGCAAGUCUGCCUGGACGGUCAUUGCCAUGCUGGCCAUUAUCAAGGCCGGGGGUGCUUGCGUGGCCCUAGAUCCUGGACACCCAGUGGAUCGACUGCAGGCGAUCAUCAACGACGCGGAGGCUGCUUUGGUAGUGACUAUGCCAGAACAUAGUCAUUUAUUCAACGGGCUUGUUAACAAGGUUGUUGCUUUAAGUCCACAGUUUUUCGGGUCGGAUGAUGAUCUGCAAUCUUCUGAGACUCUACCUCCACGCGCAGGACAUAAGAACCCAGUCUUCGUAUUAUUUACUUCUGGAAGUACAGGAAAGCCGAAAGGUAUCGUCAUCGAGCACGGCAUGUUUGCCUCCAGUGCCGCCGCUCACAGCAAGGCCUUUGGCAUCACUGCCCAGUCGCGAGUCUUCCAAUUCGCUGCACACACAUUCGACGUCAGUGUCGGUGACAUUUUCACCUCGCUGAUGAAGGGUGCUUGUAUUUGUAUCCCGUCCGACCUCGAGCGCAUGAACAAUGUCGCCUCAGCCAUUAACCGUAUGAAGGCCAAUUACGCCUUCCUAACACCAACGGUGGCCAACUUGCUUCGCCCUGAGCAGGUUCCCACCCUUCGCACACUGACGCUUGGUGGAGAGGCCCCGACGAGAGAGAAUAUUCGGACUUGGGCGGAUAGUUUGAACUUGAUACUUUGCUACGGACCUGCAGAGUGUUCAGUUUACUGCUCGGCGAACCCGCCAGCAACCCAGCAGAGCAACCCCGCUGUCCUUGGACACGCCAUCGGCGGCCUGAUCUGGCUUGUUGACCCAGUCAAUCAUGAUAAGCUGACUCCUGUCGGCUGCGUGGGUGAAUUAGUCGUUCAAGGUGCAAUAGUUGCCCGCGGAUACCUGAAUGAACCGGAGAAGACGCAGUCAGCAUUCAUUCAAGAUCCAGCCUGGAUGCCUCAGACAUUUCCCAGGGAGUACCGACGCAUUUACAAGACCGGAGACCUAGCGCGCUUUAAUCCAGACGGGUCUCUCAGCUUCGUUGCGAGAAAAGACACUCAGGCCAAGGUCCGAGGUCAGCGUGUGGAAUUGGCAGAGAUCGAAGUCCACUUGUCCGAAAGUCCAGAGAUCCAACAUGCCAUGGUUGCUGUCCCUGCGGCGGGUCCUUAUAAGAGCAGACUUGUGUGCAUCCUGUCUUUACAGGAACUUGCUCAACGCAGCGAUGGCAUCUCCAGAGAUAGCAGCAGGGUCGCACUGAUUCAAGGGAGCAGCGACAGAUCUCACGCUGCUCAGACAGCUUCCGUGGUAGAGAACCGACUCGCAGAGAAGCUUCCGCCAUAUAUGAUACCAGCUGUGUGGAUUCCCUUAAAGAAGAUGCCGCUGAACCUUUCUGGGAAGAUUGAUCGGAAGCUGAUAAAAGGGUGGCUCGAGGAUGUGGACGAAGCCACGUACCAGUCUGUUGCCGCGAUGGCGGCAGCAGAAGGAACCAGCUUGCAGCAGCCCACCUCAGACAUAGAGAAGAAGGUGCAGGCCGCUUUCAGCGCAACCCUUAACAUCCCCGUGGAAUCAGUUGGCCUGAACACUUCCUUCCUCAGUGUUGGUGGUGACUCCAUCUCAGCCAUGCAGGUCAUGUCUCGCCUUCGCUCGCAGAAUCUUCGCAUCACUGUUCAGGAUAUAUUGAAGCUCCGCACGGUGGCUGCUCUUGCCGGACGAGCUCAAUACAUUGAGCAGUCUACAACAGAGAGCUCGGCGCCAGAAGCCGAAGUCAUCGACGAAUGGUUUGAGCUCGCUCCCAUUCAACAGCUGUUCUUCAGGAUGCAGCCGAAAGGGCAGAAUCAUUUUAACCAAAGCUUUGUUUUGAAGCUAGCCCAAGAUGUUCUACAGACGGAGCUUCAAAGAGCACUUGAAAUAGUUGUACAACACCACUCUAUGCUUCGAGCCCGGUUCGAACAGGUUGACGGAUCCUGGAGUCAGAAAAUCACCAACGAUGUUUCUGGAUCCUUUUUCAUGUUCCCUAGAGAAGAGGGUAGUCGGGAGAGAAUGAUGGCCCGGUUCCGCGAGGCUGAGACUCUCUUCGAUAUAAAAAGGGGCCCAAUGUUGACAGCCCAAAUCUGGGUUGCUCCCGAGAGCCAGUAUCUGUUCUUGGCGGCUCAUCAUCUGGUUAUUGAUCUGGUAUCGUGGCGAAUUAUCCUGCAGGAUUUGGAGGAUGUGCUUAGGACUGGCCGUAUCAACUCAACUCCCACUAUUUCCUUCCAGAAUUGGGCGAAGUUGCAACGCGAAUAUGUCUCCCAGCACUUGUCAAAACCAGACACCUGGGACCUUGAGGCACCCACAGGUGAUCUGGCCUACUGGAACAUGCAGGGAGAAGCCAAUAACUGGGGAGAUAUUGUCACUGAAUCCUUCACCAUCGAUUCUCAGAGGACCGCGCUGCUACUCGGAGACUGUAAUAUUCCGUUGCGCACAGAGCCGACUGAUAUCAUGGUAGCUGCACUGCUUCAUUCUUUCCGUCACGCGUUCUCUGACCGAAAUGUCCCUGCCGUCUACCUAGAAGGACAUGGCCGUGAACCCUGGACAUCGGCCAUUGAUGUCUCACGCACAGUGGGUUGGUUCACGACCAUGUAUCCCGUCAGCUACGAGACUCCCGAAGACAACUGGCUUGAUGCUGUCAAAAGAUUGAAGGACAGCCGACGAAAGAUUGCCCACAAUGGGUGGCGGUACUUUACUGCGCGAUCUCUUCUGGCCGGCGGGAUGCAGGAUAUGGAGGUUGUUUUCAAUUACCUCGGUCUUUACCAGCAACUGCAGAGAGUCGACGCCUUGUUUCAAGAGUCUUCUAUCACCGGAACUGAUUGUGUUGAGAUCAGCCCUCAGAUGCAGCGUUACUCUUUGUUUGAGAUCGCCGCCGGGGUCUCCAACGGGCGGAUGGAGUUCACUUUCGAGUAUAACAAGAAAAUGAGCCAUCGCGAUACAAUAAGUUCUUGGAUCAAUCAUUAUCGUCAAGUCCUCGAGACUGGUAUCGAUGAACUCAUGAGGCAGUCCGAAUUAAUUCCCACACUUAGCGAUUUCCCGCUCCUGAACUUGUCCUAUAAAGACUUGGAUAACCUGGCUACCUCCAUCCUACCUGAAGCUGGAGUCAAGUCGAUCGACGAGAUCGAGAGCCUUUCUCCUUGCUCGCCUAUGCAACUGGGUUUGUUGAUGAGUCAGUUGAAAUCCGAGGGUGCCUACGAGUUCUUCACCAUCAUGGAGGCCACUGCCCGCGAGGGAGUCGAUAGUGCACAGUUGGUUGCAGCCUGGCAACAGGUUAUUGACCGGCACCCGAUGCUACGGACCGUUUUCAUUAAAAGUGCUGUCCCAGACCGACCUUACGACCAGCUGGUGCUGAAAGAGUUGAGGGCGCAAGUGGUGGAGCUGCGUAGCGACGACCCUGUCCAUGCUUUACGCACAUUACCUCAGACAGCAAAGCUCCAUCAAUUAGCAAUCUGUCACUGUGAGAACGGUCGAAUGUUUUGCAAGUUGGAGAUCAACCAUGCCUUGAUCGAUGGGACAUCUAUGGCUAUCAUUGAGCGGGACUUGAAGCGCGCCUACAGCAAGAAACUCAGCAGCGUGCCCCCUCUUGCAUACGUCGACUACGUGAGCUUCCUCCAAGAAGCAAAGAGGGCCGAAUCGGUCAAUUUCUGGAACGAUUACCUCCAAGACGCUCAGCCCUGCCAGUUUCCCAUUCUUAAUGACGGCCGAGACCAAUCUCAGGCUCUGGAAUCGAUCAAUGUUGAGCUUCCCGGCUUGACAAAGGAGACACUGAGCGCCUUUUCCGAACGCUGGGGAUUCACCGUUGCUAACGUCGUUCAAACCGCGUGGGCCCUGGUUCUGCGCGCUUUUAUUGGAACAGACUCUGUCUGCUACGGGUAUCUGACCUCGGGCCGUGAUGCUCCUCUUGAUGGGAUCGAGGACUCCGUGGGUCCAUUCAUCAACAUGCUUGUUUGUCGCCUGAAGUUCGAUCCCCAUGAGCCGGCUCUGGUUGCUCUAAAAAACACCCAAGAUGGGUUCCUGAAGGCCAUGUCCCACCAGUACGUAUCCUUGGCAGAAAUGCAGCAUGCCUUGGGUGUGGCGGCGCAGGGAUUGUUCAAUACAGCGAUGUCGUUCCAGAGGUAUUCACCAGAAGAAUCGAUGGAUCUAAAUUUGAGGACAGUUUAUGAUUAUGACCCUACUGAGUUCAACAUCACCGUGAACGUCGCUACGCGAGAGGAAGGAUUGCAAAUUGACCUCACCUACUGGACGUCCAAGCUAUCAAGCGGGCAAGCAGUCCAUCUCGCUAAUACCUACAGUACUGUCAUCAUGGAGCUUCUUUCGAACCCUGAGACGGUCCUAGCCGAUGUAAACAUGCUCAGCCCUCUCGAUAGAGCAUCUCUACGAGAUUGGAAUAAGGAGCUGCCGUUUGCGGUAGACCGCUGCAUGCACGAAGUCAUCCAUCAGAAUGCCAGGAAACGUCCUCACGCUCUGGCUCUCGAGUCAUGGGAGGCUGCAUACACAUAUCGAGACCUUGACAGGGCAUCGUCUCGUCUUGCGCGACACUUGAUAAAGCAGGGAGUUUCGCCCGAUGACUGUAUCCCAUUGUGUUUUGAGAAAUCACUCUAUACAAUCAUUGCUCUUGUGGCAGUCCUGAAGGCUGGAGGAGGAUUCGUGCUUCUGGACCCCAAACAUCCGGAUGAUCGUCUCAAGGGCCUUCUCGAGGACAGCAAGGCGAAGUUCCUGAUUGUUUCACCACAAACCCAGGAUCGUUGCAAGGACCUUAUUUCAUCGUUGGUUGUCGUCUCACCCAAGAUACUGGAUGAGCUUCCUCACGCCGAUGAGGACGAUAUCCCUCCAUCAACAGCCGUAACCCCUGGGGACAUCAUGUAUGUUCAGUUUACUUCCGGCAGCACGGGAAAACCAAAGGGAGCCGUUGUGCACCACAGAGCAGCCUGCUCCUCCAUCGAGCACCACGGAAAAGUGAUGAACUACGGGCCGCACUCCCGCAUUUUCCAAUUCUCCUCGUAUACCUUCGACGCCAUCAUUCUCGAAGCAUUUACCACAUUAUAUCACGGUGGGUGCGUCUGUAUCCCGUCUGAGGAAGACCGAAUGAGCAGUAUGGUGCAAUCCAUGCGCGAGAUGAAGGUUAACAAUAUGUUCAUGACGCCCACACUUGCUCGCUUGUUUGGGCCCGCGGAUGUUCCGUCCCUGACGACUCUGAUGCUUGGUGGUGAACCGAUUCCACAGGAUAGUAUCAAUACGUGGAAGGACCACGUCGAUCUGAUUGGGGGGUAUGGACCGGCCGAAUGCUGCGUGUACUGCUGUUAUAAUCCGCUCAGCUCCAGCGGGUUCAAGCCGGAUGUUAUUGGAUACCCUGUCGGAGCCGUCUUGUGGAUUGUUGAGGCAGAUAACCAUGAUAGACUCGUGCCGGUUGGGGCUAUUGGUGAAAUCGUAGUCCAUGGGCAUACCGUUGGUCGAGGCUACUUGAACGACCCUACCAGAACCGCAGCAAGUUAUAUAUCAGCGCCAAGCUGGGUGGCCGAUUAUGGUUAUCCGGGUGAGCAGACUUUGUAUAAAACAGGUGAUCUGGGUCGAUACAAUUCCGACGGCACGUUAACAAUCGUGGGACGCAAGGAUACCCAGGUCAAGGUGAACGGACAGCGCAUUGAACUGGGAGAGGUCGAGCACUGUAUCAAAACAGAGUAUCCCCAGGUCCUGCAAGUGGCCGUUGAUGCACUCAAGCCCGAACAUGCCAACGGACGCCAAAUUUUGUCUGCAUUCCUCGAAUUCGAGGCCGUUGAGGGUAGCGAGGAAUUCCAGAACAAGAACAGCUUCCUUCGCGCCAUGAACGACAAGCUUCGAGAGACGAUGUUCGAGAUCGAGGCAAUCCUCGCCCAGCGCCUGCCACCGUAUAUGGUCCCCCAUUUGUGGUUUCCAUUGGUCACUAUGCCCAAGUCUGCAUCUGGCAAGACAGACCGGAAAGUGCUGAAGCAGCUCUGCAACGGCCUAUCCAAGACAGAGCUUCAGCAGUACUCCCUCGCGAGCGGCAGCAGGAAGGCUCUCGAGACACCAAUGGAAGAAACAAUUGCAGGUCUCUGGAAGGAUCUUUUCGGGGUGUCUGACAUCGGUUCCAAUGACAACUUCUUCCGGGUAGGCGGAGAUUCGAUUGAAGCCAUGAAGCUGGCUGCCGCUGCCCGUGCGCAGGGCUUGUCCCUCUCAGUUGCGGAUAUCUUCAAUUACCCCAAGCUUGAUGACAUGGCAAGAAUUGUGGUUGCAGCUUACGGUGCGUCUGCCGUGGCGCACAAGUACGAUGCACCUUUCAGCCUGGUAGGUGGCGAGGAAAGUGCACGCUCGAUUGUCCAAAAGCAUAUUCCACAUGUGCAGAUUGAUCUAGUUGAGGAUGUCUACCCUUCCACCUCCCUGCAGGAAGGGCUCCUUGCGUUGACUAGCAGUCAUUCCAGUGCGUAUGUCCUCCAAGCACCUUUCUUGCUACCGCCCAAUAUUGACCUGGACCGUUUCCGCGACGCCUGGGCAAAGGUUGUUGAGGCAAAUGCCAUUCUCCGUACCGUGAUUAUCUCCACUGAGACCCAGGGUACCUGCCAGGUUACCUUGAGACAGUCCAUUGAGUGGUCACAAGCGUCGACACUUGAAGAAUACCUGGCGCAGGAUAGAGAAAGGCCUAUGGGCUACGGAACAGCGCUAAGCCGGUAUGGCCUGACAUUAGACGGAUACUUUGUCUGGACAGCUCACCACUCCAUCUAUGAUGGUUGGAGUUUCGCACUGAUGCUGGACGAGGUCGAGAAGAGAUACAAGGAUGAGUCGGUAGUUUCUCGUCCUCUCUUUGCUGAAUAUAUUCGAUUCCUGCAGCGGCAACAGGGCAAGACCGAUGCAACUGCAUUUUGGAAGUCGCAGCUACAAGAUGCUUCCUCGUCAAGUGUAUUCCCACAGCUUCCAAGCUCUCUCUACGAGGUGGACGUAGACCGCACCUUCAAGUACAGCUUCCCUUUCAGUACCAAGUCCACUGUGACGGCAUCGACCCUCCUUUCAGCCGCUUGGGGAUUGACGAUUGGCCGUCUAACCAACUCAUCGGAGGUGAUUUAUGGCUCAACUCGCAGCGGCCGGAAUAUUGACCUCGCUCAGGCCACUGAGCUUAUGGGGCCAACAAUUGCCACUGUUCCCAUCCGCAUCAGCAUUGACACAUCGAUGUCAAUAGAGGAUUUCCUUGCCGCUGUCCAGAACCAAGCGACAGCAGCCAUUCCAUAUGAGCAUUUGGGGCUGCAGAAUAUUAGCAAGAUCAGCCCUGCGUGCAAAGCCGCAUGCGACUUUCAGAACCUGUUUGUCGUUCAGCCAGCGGUGAUCAGUGAUUCCACAAUCCUCGGUAUGAAGCGCGUAGAAAUUCCAACCAAGGGAUUGCACACCUACGCUCUAAACGUCGAGUGUAUCCUCACCGAGGAAGGAACGGCGACACUGAACUUUGAAUACGACGGUAAGGUCAUGCAGGAUUAUCAAAUUCAGAGGCUUGCUGGCCAGUUCCAUCACGUUGUCUGUCAGCUGUGCGAGAAUGAAGACGGCCGGUUGAAGGUCGGUGAUGUUGACGCCUUCAGUCUGGACGAUGAGAAGCAACUUCGUCAGUGGAAUGCGAGAUUGAAAUCAUUCCCCGAAAUCACCAGGUGCGCGCAUGAUCUUGUUUCUGAACGAGCUCGCCUUCAUCCGGAUUUAUUAGCUGUUACGCAGUCGGAUGGGACGAGUUUGACAUACGACGAGCUUGAGGAGUUGUCUACCUUGUUUGCUCGUCACCUGUCUACUCUCAAAAUUGGACCAGGCAGGAUUGUGCCUAUUUGUCUGAAGAAGGCCGUCUGGGUCGUGGUAAGCAUACUAGGAGUCCUCAAGACUGGUGCAGCGUUUGUCUGCUUGGACCCUUCCUCUCCCUCAAGCCGCAUGCAUAGCAUAAUCGAAGAGGUGGAGUCAGAGAUCGUCAUUGUCGACCCAGAAACUAAGCCUAUAUUUAACAACCAUCUUCAAACGCUGGAGAUAGGAGCGAAGUCUCUCGACUGGAUUCGCAGUGCGAAUGCCAGCGACAUGAUCUUCGAGGUCCACAGAAACCCGCGCGAUCUGAUGUACGUGAUCUUUACGUCCGGAAGUACCGGUAAGCCCAAGGGCGUCAUGAUCGAGCAUGCCUCUGCCUGUUCAUCAUUUACCUAUCAAGGCCAAGAGUUUGGCUACGACCAUGAAUCACGAGUGCUUCAGUUCAGCGCCUUGACAUUCGACGCCUCGCUCAUGGAGAUCUUCACCACGCUCUGCGCAGGCGGUUGCGUGUGUUUCCCUACCGAAGAGGAAAAGCAAGGAGACAUUGUACGCGCUAUCAACAACUUACGCGUGAACUCGGUCAUGCUCACACCCACUGUACUCCGCAUGAUCCAGCCAGAGGAUAUUCCCAUGGUCAAGCAUGUGGUGACGGGGGGCGAAGCCGUGAGCCAUGAUAUCGUGCAAACAUGGAGUAGCAAGGUUAUCCUCAAGGGCGUCUACGGCCCUACAGAAACCUCUAUGAUUUGUAUCACGGCAGACCUUGUUCCCGGUAGUUCUCCAGCAAAUAUUGGUGUUCCCCUGGGCUGCCGCAGCUGGAUCACACUCCCUGACGACCACAACCAUCUGGCACCUAUCGGGUCUGUUGGUGAACUGCUCAUCCAAGGACCUAUUGUCGGGCGCGGGUAUUACAAGAACCAAAAACAGACACAGGAUGUGUUUAUUGAGAAUCCUCUCUGGCUGCAGAAACGGUUUGGCGAGACUGGCGGCGGCCGGCUCUACAAGACUGGAGAUUUGGUCUACUACGCGCAAAACGGUGACCUCAUGAUCGUGGGUAGAAAGGACUCCCAGGUCAAACUCCACGGGCAACGCAUUGAACUGGGAGAAAUUGACCACAAGAUGUGGUCUCAUCCUGCCGUCAGACAGUCGUCGGUCGUGCUGCCCAGUCAAGGCCCAUUGAAGAACCGCCUUGUCGCAGUGCUCACUCUCGAUGGCACUGAAGAACGAAUCACCACACCCCACGUCCUAUGCCCCUUGUCUGAGGAAUGGAAGCAGUACGCCAACUCACGGAUCGCGAGCAUUCGCCAAGCGCUACGAGAAAGCCUUCCCUCUUACAUGGUUCCUACUGUCUUCGUGGCUGUGGAGAAGAUGCCGAGACAAACUUCGGGUAAGACUGACAUCAAGCGCGUGAAAAAAUGGGUCAAUGAGCUGGAUGAGCAGACUGCUGAGCAAGCUCUUGAUAUCGAGACGACAGCGCCUGGGCUCACAGUUCCUGGUAGUGAGGCGGAGAAGGUGAUACAAGGAGCAGUCUCCAAAGUCUUGAAUAUCCCUGCCGAGAAGAUUGCCUUGAACCGAUCGUUUAUUAGCCUCGGCGGGGAUUCGAUCACAGCAAUCAAGCUAAUGAAUCAACUGCGAGAUGCAGGGGUGAAUUUUUCAAUCAAGGAACUGCUCCGCGCUGGGUCAAUCGGUGAACUCGCCGGCCGAGUUACAUCCAUCAGUGAGGGCGAGAAUGUGAACCCGCUAUUAUCCCUUGUCUCCCAGAAGAAAGAGAAGAAAUACUCACUUCUGCGCCUCGGGGACGCUGAAAUAGAGGCACUGCUCGCACAGCGUCUUGCUACUAUCGGUCUUACCGAUUUGACUCGGGUCGAGGACGUCUAUCCUUGCUCUCCUCUACAAGAAGGUCUUCUCGUCGCACAAACCAAGGGCGUAGGAAGUUACGACGUGUACAACAUCUACGAAGUGACCACCUCAAAGAACGCAUCAGUCUCGGUCAACCCUCAUGUACUUGCCAAAGCCUGGAAAGAAGUUGUUCGUCGGCAUCAAAUUCUGCGAACAAUCUUUAUACAGGGUCUUGAAGAAAGCACUGCAUUUAACCAGGUCGUCCUACGCGAGGUGCACAAUGCCCCCUUUGUCAUCGAGGAUGUCAAGAGCAAUGAUGCCAAAGCCCUAUUGCAGAACCUUGCCACUCCAGAGUACCCAGCCUUCGAGCCUUGGCAUAGCGUGACGAUCUGCUCCGACGCCAAUGGGACUGUUUGUUGUGGUAUCCGGAUGCACCACGGCUUAUUUGAUGCGUCUUCCAUGGAUAUCAUUCUGCGUGAGGUUGCUCAGGCUUAUAAUCAGAGACUUUCCACUCCAGCACCCUUGUACCGGGAUUACAUCUCAUACCUGCAGGGACUACAGCAAGGGGGCAAUGAUGGCCUCGCAUACUGGCAGGAAUACCUCAAAGACCUCGAGCCAUGCUACUUCCCCAGCAUCAACGAGGAGGCCCUAGGCACAAGAACACCGCAAUCACUCCAAUUCAACGUCCCGGGCCUGUCCCGAAUUCUGUUGUUCUCGGCCAGAAAGAACGUCACCGUCUCCACCAUCCUCCAGACAGCAUGGGCACUGGUCCUGCGCCACUACACAAGCACCGAAGAAAUCUGCUUUGGAUAUUUGUCACACGGGAGAGAUAUCCCGCUAGACGGGAUUGACAAUAUCGUCGGGCCUAUGAUCAAUAUGAUGGUUCUCCGUGUGAUUUUGUCGGGCGAUAGAACGUUAACUGAUAUCCUUGAGGGCACUCGCGACGAUGUCCUGAAUAGUCUGCCGCACCAGCAUACUUCGCUGGCGGAGAUUCACCAUGCCCUUGAUCUUCAAGGCCGAUCAGCAUUCAAUACUACUCUUUCUUUUGCAUCUGCCGCUGCAGAUGCCGAGAAUUACGACGGGAUCGCUUUCAAGAACCUCUCCGGUAGUGGUUCUACUGAGUAUGAUAUUGCCGUCAACGCGUCCGUCGUAGGCGAAGAUCUCCAAAUCCACUUUAGCUACUGGUCUUCAGCUCUUUCACCGCAGCAGGCCACGGCAGUCGCUCAAGCAUUUACGAACUUCAUGGACAUCCUAACCGACUCCUCAGACCUACCCCUGCGCGACAUCGACUUCACCAGUGCAGCAAUGAGAGCCCAACUUCUUCGCUGGAACGCCACCCCGUACGCCCCAGUUCACACUACCGUCCACGAACUCUUCCACCGUACUGCUCUACGGUACCCUGAAAACCAGGCAAUUUGCUCCACGGACGGUAGCUUCACCUACAGCGAGCUAGACAAUCUCACUACACGCUUCGCAUCCUUCCUACGUGAGAAGGGUGUGGGUCCAGAGGUCCUGGUUCCGGUGUGCUUUAACAAGUCCUGCUGGACUAUUGUUUCUAUGUUGAGUAUCCUGAAAGCAGGGGGUGCUUGUGUACCACUUGAUCCAUCGCAUCCACCGGCUCGUAUCCAGGAAGUUUCUUCCCGCUGUGAAGCAAAACUAAUCCUUGCUGCACCGCACCUUGUUGAUAGGUUGCCUGAUUGUAACGCAACUGUCAUUUCUGUCACCGACGGAUUGAUGCAGGGCCUGCCCAAUCUGCCGUCGAAUUUUCAGAUCGACCUUGCAAAGCCUGCAAAUGCAGCAUUUGUGCCAUUCACCUCGGGAAGUACAGGUCUACCAAAAGGUAUCAUCCUGGACCAUAUGGGACUCUGUACGAUGUUCGAAGCAAACGCAUCGGUCGUGGGAAUCGAUCAUAACACUCGCACCUUCCAGUAUGCAGCAUAUACCUUCGACGUCAGCAUCGCGGAGACAUAUAUCACGUUAACACAAGGCGGGUGCGUCUGCGUUCCCACUGAUGCAGAACGAAUGAACGACAUUGCGGGCGCAAUAACUCGUCUACAAGCAAACUGGACCUUCCUGACACCCUCUGUUGCUUCGCUACUGAACCCUAUCGACGUCCCGACGCUAAAGACACUGACCCUGGGAGGAGAAGCAAUCUCUCGGGACCUGCAUAGCACCUGGGCUGAUAAAGUCCGACUGAUCAACAGUUACGGCCCGGCGGAGUGUUCCAUCUGGACGAGCAACCAGCGGCUCUUUCCCGACAGCUCCUGCGCUGAUAUCGGUGCGGGUAUCACCUGUCACUUGUGGGUUACAGAGCCCGAUAAUCAUGAUCGACUGGUUCCUAUUGGGUGUGUCGGAGAGCUUGUUGUGCAAGGACCAAACCUGGCGAGGGGAUAUCUCAAGGACGAAGAGAAAACCGCGGCAACCUAUAUUGAUACGCCAGCCUGGCUGCGCAACGAUACGAGAUCCAUUGCUAAGCGUGUUUACAAAACCGGUGACUUGGUCAGACACUGUGCUGAUGGGCACCUGGAGUUCGUCGGACGCAAAGAUACGCAGAUCAAGUUCCACGGGCAAAGGGUUGAAAUUGGCGAAGUCGAAUAUCAGUUGCGCGCUCGACUGCCCAAAAACACGCAGGUCGCAGUCGAAAUGAUCAAGCCGCUCAGUCAGGACGGUAGACAGACCUUGGCUGGAUUCAUCACGACAGAGGGGGGCAGUGGCCACGAGAAUAAGGGCAGCCCAUCUUUGAAGGGUUCAUCGGGUGACCCGGUCUCGUUAUUAAGAGACCCGGACGAGACCUUCAAGAACAUUGUCCGCAAACUUGAGCACCAGCUAGCCGAGACCUUGCCUUCGUAUAUGAUCCCAUCAGUCUUCAUCAGCAUGCUCAACAUCCCCCGCAACACCUCGAUGAAGAUCGACAGAAAGGCCCUUCGCACUCUGGGAGCCAAUCUAACCCGUGAGCAGAUCGCUACUUAUUCCUUCGUGCAAGGCGACAAACGGGCUCCUCGAACAGCGAUGGAGAAGCGGCUGCAGGAAUGCUGGGCCUCUGUCCUGAAGAUCAGCCCCGAGUCCAUCGGUGCGGAUGACAGCUUUUUCCGAAUCGGUGGUGACUCUAUAGGCGCGAUGCAACUAGUCUCUGCGGCACGCAAGACAGGUCUCUCAAUCACUGUUGGCGAUAUCUUCCAGCACCAGAAGCUCAGUCAAAUGGCCAAUAUCGUCGCGAGAAACGCCGCUGCGACUACAGAGGAGAUCUCCAUCAAGCCAUUCUCUCUACUGCCCAAACAGAGACCAGACGAGGAUCUUGUUGAGCUCGCAGCAUUUAAGGUCGGAAUAGAUCGCACUCUCUUGCAAGAUGUCUACCCUUGUACUCCACUGCAGGAGGGUCUAAUAUCUCUCACUGCCCGAGACCAUGGUCUUUACACCUUGCAGGCAGUAUACAGGCUACCGGAAAUGAUCAAUAUCCAGGAAUUCCAACUCGCUUGGUUGGCCGUCACAGAGGAACUAGACAUCCUGCGUACCAGAAUUGUCGACCUGGGUCAUCUGGGUUCUUACCAGGUCGUUAUUAGCCCAGUCAUCAGCCAAAUGCGCUGGGUGUACGGUAACAGUCUGUCUACAUACCUACGCGAAGAUAAAGAAAUACCCGUCGGCUACGGAAAGCCACUGGCUAGAUAUGCCAUUAUUGAGGAAGAAGAGGAGGGAGAACAGAAAAAAUACUUUGUGUGGACUGCGCAUCAUUCCAUUUACGACGGGUGGUCUCUUGGUCUGAUGAUGGAUCUAGUUGAGAAGAAGUACCUGAAAACGUCAACCAUCCCCAGCCCACCUUUUAACAAAUUCAUCCACUGGCUCACAAAUCUGGACAAGGCUGCCACGCGGCAAUACUGGAAAUCGACGUUUGAGGCUUGCUCCGCACCCCAGUUCCCGUCUGUUCCUCAGCAUUACCGAACAAAGGCCAAGGCAGCCAUGACAUACUCGAUCCGUCUGCCCCAGAAAAUAGAUUCCGAGAUCACUGUGCCGACGAUCUUGCGAACAGCAUGGGCGCUUAACAUCUCUCAAUACACGCGCUCCGACGAUGUCGUCUUCGGCAUGACGCAGACGGGCCGCAACGCUCCUAUCCCUGGGGUGACUGAGAUCGUCGCGCCCCUGAUCACCACGGUGCCAGUGCGGGUGGUAUUCAACAGAUCGCAAACAGUCGGGAAUGUUCUUCAGGAGGUCCAGAACCAGAUGGUCGCCAUGAUUCCCCAUGAACACGUCGGCCUGCAGAAUAUCAGCAAGUUUAGCGCGGAGUGUCAGGCGGCAAGCAAAUUUGAAAAUCUCCUCCUCAUCCAGACUCAACAGGAUCAGAUGGUCUCGCCAAUCGGUCUUGAACGAAUCCCGGUGACAGACCUCGACAUUCCGGCCUUUGGCAUCGUCGCUGAAUGUGAAGUUGCCGAUGGGCAGGUUCUGGUCUCGGUUGGCUACGAUAGUACCGUGGUCUCUGAGAAGCAAAUGACCAAUAUCUUGCGCCAGUUCGACUUCCUUGUCAACCAGAUCGGCAGCGAAAGUGCACGUAACACGCCGCUCGUGGAGAUGCACCUACUGGGUGAUAACGAGAUCAAGAUGCUCGAAGCGCUCAACCAGUCGCCCGAUGACCGUGUCUCCCGUCUGGCCCAUGAGCUGAUCCACGAGCGCGCGGUUCUUCAGCCAGAGGCAAUCGCCAUUGAUUCCCAGGAGGUUCAGCUUAGCUACGGCGAACUGGAUGACCUCUCCACUCGCCUUGCUUACUUCUUGAUCGAUCUGGGCACCGGCCCUGAUAAAGUCAUCCCACUUUUCUUCCGACGCUCUCCGUGGGCGAUGGUCGCCAUGCUAGGAGUGAUCAAAUCCGGUAGUGCGUUUGUUUUCCUUGACCCCGGUCAUCCCAUUGAUCGACUUGAGUUUGUCGUGCAGCAGAUCGACGCCAAGUUGGUCCUUACGUCGCCGGACCUAGAAUCAACCUGGAGGGAGAAGCUCGCCGUCUUCUGCGUCAGCCCCUCAGCGCUCCAGUCUCUUCCUCGCCUCCAUGAUGGAAACCUGCCGGUGACUGCAGUGACUCCUCAGAAUAUCUUGUACUGCAUCUUCACCUCCGGCAGCACAGGCCGACCAAGAGGAUGCGUGAUCGAACACUCCAAUUUCCUCAGCGGCGCUGUCCACCACGCGCGCAGGUCUCGUAUUUCCGAAUCCACGCGGAUCAUGCAGAUCGCUCCAUACACCUUUGAUGUUAGUAUCCUGGAGAUGCUCACAGGCCUGAUCGGUGGCGGCUGCAUCUGCCUGCCCCGAGACUAUCACCAGGGUGCGCGGGUGGCAGACAUUAUCAACGAUCUCAAUAUCAACUGGACUUUCCUGACUCCGUCUGUCGCCCGUACGAUUGUUCCUUCAGAAGUACCAAGCCUACAGACCCUGAUUCUUGGUGGGGAGGCACUUGCCAAGGUCGACAUUCAGACCUGGGCUGGCAAGCUUCACCUCCAUAACGGCUACGGACCAAGUGAAUGCUCUGUGGCUGUUGCCUCGAACGAAGUCCGCGAUCCAACUAUUGAUCCAGCCAACAUCGGAUCGAAGAUGGGCUGCAAUAUCUGGGUUGUUGACGCGGAAAACCAUGACAUUCUCCUGCCCAUCGGCGCAGUGGGCGAGCUGCUCGUUGAGGGAGCCAUAGUCGGUCGAGGUUAUCUCCAAGAGCCUGAAAAGACUGCAGCUGCGUUCAUCCAGGAUCCUGCUUGGGUGCAUUACCUGCCCAACACCAAGAGCUCAGAACGCCGCCGGUUCUACAAGACGGGAGAUCUUGUCCGACUGAAUGCUGACGGUACAAUCCACUUCAUCGGCCGCAAGGACACCCAAAUCAAGCUUCGUGGUCUGCGCAUCGAGAUGGGAGAGAUCGAGCAUCACGCCAGUACAUACCGAGCAAUCAGGCACGCCGUUGUCGCCGUUCCACGCGCCGGGCGCAUGAAAGAGUCUAUUGUCGUCGUAUACACACUUAACGCUUACGACGACUCGAACGAACAACAGUCCGACCUGCGACCUUUAUCAAACACCGAUUUAGAAACUAGCCAGAUGUCUCCCGCGCAGCUCCGAAAGCACCUCGCAACCCAUCUUCCCCCUUACAUGGUCCCUCAAACCUACAUUGGUGUUGCCAGGCUGCCUCUCCUGGCCUCUGGCAAGAUCGACCGCCCCAAGCUUCAAAGGUGGUUGGAGAACAUGGACGAUGCAACCAGUGAACUAAUCGCCGCUCAAGUCGGCAAGACUGCUACUCACGAAGCAGGCCCUAUUGACCCGGCCGACAAGCUGGCUCUCGCCCUGAGCGAGCCCAUCAGCCGACUGUUGGCUGGCGAUGACGAAGCCUACCUUGAAACCCUAAAAGGCCGCAAUAUCGUCCUCUCCCAAAGCGGACUCAACUCCAUCACCGUGGUCUCUAUGCGGGCGAUGAUCCGCGACAAAUUCAAUGCAGACGUAUCCAUUGAUCGCCUCAUGGAAAGCACCGUCACGAUCCAGGACGUCGCGCGCAUGAUCGAGCACGGUAAUACUGCCGCCGGUACCGACAAGCAAGAAUCCGCACCACAACUUGAUCUCCUCGCAGAGGUAGAUCGCAUGAUGAACUCCCUCAUUACCGAGGCGUCCCCCGACGUGCAGACUCUCAGCCAGCCAACGCCCCGGGCGGAGCGAAUCCUCCUCACCGGUGCCACUGGGUUCCUCGGCACUGAGAUCCUUCGACAGCUUCUGUCCAACCCAGCGAGCACUCGCACCGUGGUCGCAAUUGUCCGCGCACGGGACCAGGACCAUGCAAUGGAGAGGAUCGUCUCUUCCGCCAAAGCAGCACAGUGGUGGCAAGAGGAGUACCGGUCCCGGAUUACACCCUGGGUAGGCGAUCUCGCGGCACCGCGUCUUGGACUCAGCGAGAGCCAAUGGUCCACAGUCGAGGGCCGUGACCAUCCUGGAUCUGAGUCUGGGUCCACUGCAGGUCCUGCAGAACCACGGAUAGACGCAAUCAUCCACAACGGAGCCCUAGUCCACUGGGGGGCCGACUACCACCGGCUGCGCGAUGUCAACGUGUCCAGCGUCGUCUCGCUGCUCGCAGCGCUAACACGCUCUCAAGCACCCCCAACCUUGACCUUCGUAUCCGGUGGCCACGUACAACUAGACGACAACGAAACUACCGAUGAGGAAAUGGCUGCCGUGCUCGCCCACUCAACGGGCUACGGGCAAUCCAAGUUCGUCGCCGACCUCGUGGUUAAGCGCUUCGCGGCGCGGUACUCAACGUCUGCCGUCUCGAUCGUGAAACCUGGACUGAUUCUGGGAACCGCGCAAUCUGGGGUGUCCAACACAGACGAUUUCUUCUGGCGCGUUGUAGCGACUGCUGUGGAGAUCGGCGGGUUCAAUGCCGAGGAACCAGAGAAUGUCAUCCUGCUUGCUGGCGCACAGCAGGUCGCUUCCAUCGUGACCGAUAAGCUGCAGUUGAACCUGAACCCGGCACGCAGCCGGUCCGGGAUCCCGUCCGUUGAGACCAAGGUCCGUCUAGCAAUAACAACGCAGGAGCUCUGGCACAUGCUCAGUGACGAAUUUGGGUAUCCGAUGCGCGGUAUGGGACCGGCAGAGUGGUUGGACGCUAUGCGGGCUGCAGUGCAUGCGCAAGGCGAGUCGCAUCGUCUCUGGCCUGUACUGCAUUUCCUGGAAGCCGGUGGUGGGUAUAUGGGCCUACCUGUAGGAGGUUGCCAGUUGCAGGGAGCAACGGGAGCGGAUCAAGAGUCGGAAAAAGAAGAGUUACUGGCGUCACUGAGGAAGAGUAUCAGCUAUAUGCGCCAGAUUGGCUAUCUUCAGAGUGAUGCGCCACACGCUGUGGAUAAGGUAGUGUUUGGGCGCCGCAAUGUUUAGUUGGAUGAGAUGUCUUUGUCUGUUUGUUUGUAUAUAAUCAAUGGUCUUUUGUUUCUGCUGUUAUUAACAAUUGGGCUCUAGUUGUAUGUGGUUUUUUUUCCCUGAGUUUUUAUCAAUGGAGUUACCAUAGUUA